AACGUUAUCGUUUAAUAGAAGAUGUUUAGUAUUGAAUACGUCCAACACCCUGCAUGUGAAUAGAGUAGCUGAUCUAAAUAUAUAAGAUUUAAAAAGGCGCUUUAACGGUUACCCGCGAUAAAUUAAAUGUGCAGUACGAUGGACUAACAGUUGACCGCGACAUAGCAGCAAUAAUAGAUUGAAGCCUAUGACGCGCUGCUGUUUUGUAGCAAUUUUGAGAUCGGUUAUGGAGUGCUUCCAUCCUAAUUAUUCAGAAAUUAGAUACCCGCAGAAUUGUCAGUGUGUCUGUGACACUACAUAUACAGGUGUGAAAGUGCAAAGUGUAUUAGUGUAGAUGCACUGAAACGCCGGCUCUCCUGUCGAAAACUAGAACGCAGACGUAUCCAAAGGCUCACCACAUAUUUUGCCGUCUACUAUCGUCUGCUGACAAAUUGAUCGAGUGCUGGCUCGAAGCUGCUGGCAGGUAUGAAUCAUCUGUCGUUCUUGCGUCUUCGGAUUUAUGUUUGUCAUCAGCUGAAAUCGUCGUUGAGUCAGAGGCUGGCAGUGGUGGUGAUGAUGAGAAUCAGCUCCAAGCUACUUCCCAUUGUAUCAGUGUGUACUUAGAGCUGAUAGAAGAGAGUAAAAGAAACCAGACAUCAUGGACUGGUUCGAGGGGGGCAUCGCUGAGGCGAUCUCGGCAGCACAGCAUGAUGAUAAAAUUAUGACAAUUUUUGUGUAUGGUGAAAACCAAGAGUCAGAGCAACUCUCAUCAGCUCUGGCAGCACCGUUGCUGGCGCCAUUGGUUCCUCGAUUAAUGGCCCUUCGCUUGAAGCAACCUUCCACUGAGCUAACACAAUUUGCCCAGAUUUAUCCAGUUCUGAUUGUACCAUCUAUCUACCUAAUCUGCCCGAAAAGCGGCGUAGCGCUUGAAGUGUUAGCGGGUGUGCAGUCGGCCGAUUCUUUACUGGACAAAAUUUCAAAGGUAUUGAAAGCUCGAGAGGAACUUGCUACGCAAUGUCCAACAGUUUCACCGGCUGGAGAGGUUGUCUCAACGCCGCUCACUUCCGAGAUGGAUACGGCUGGAGAUGGUAUGGCCUCAACUGAAGAAAAUUCUGUUGAAACUUGCACGGAAUUUUCUGUAUCAAAUGGAGAAGCCACCUCUAUGGAAGAUAAAGUUAAGAGAGCACAACGACUUAUCGAAGCCGUUCGCCAAGGAAAAGCAGAGGCACAAAAAGCAGAAGAACAACGCAAAGAAAUCGAAAGACGUGAGGCUAUGAAAAAUUUACAGAAAAUCCGCAGAGAGAUGGAGGAUCGCGAAAUAAAAAAUUUUGUUGAAGAGCGUAACAAGGAACGCGAAGAGGAAAAGAGGUAUAAAGCACAACUUCAGGAGCAAAUCCGGCAGGACCGGUUAGAACGGCAGCAGAAGUUUGCAGCACAUCGAGAACCGGUGAAGGCUGAUGAACAAAAAAGACGGAGGGAGGCUCUCGAGAAGCAGGAAGAGACGCAGAGGCUUCGAGCUCAAAAUGCUUCGUCAGCAAAUAUCCUUUUUAGGAUGCCUGAUGGCAGCACUGUUACUCAUUUGUUCGAAGCUGAAACUCCUUUUAUCGAGGUUCGACAAUACAUCGCAGAUGCAAAACGUCUUUCGGGUAGUUUUAAUUUGGCACUCAACUUCCCUCGGAAAGUAUUCAAACCUGACUGCGAUCAGAAGACGCUUCGGGACCUUAGCCUAGCACCUAGCGCAGUUCUUCUUGUUAUAGCGAGGACGCAGCCAGGUCGUGGCGCUGCCGGAGGCGCUGGUGGAGGUGCUGUGACGGCAUGGCGGAAUAUUUGGGAUAUCAUUGUUUUGCCUUUUACCUUAGCCAUGGGUUUUUUCACUUCGUUUUUCGCUGCGCUAUUUCCUUCAACUACUCCACCGGCUGCUGUCGCAAGUCGUCCACAGCAAGAGGCCUCGAUGCCUAAUACGCCUCCAGGAGUAGCAUCUGCGACGCCUCAUGAUGCUCCCGGAGCAUCCAGGGCUCGUGUACCGGGUACUGGUUCAUCUCUGCGCCAGCGAAAACCGUACGAACGUAGUGGGAAUAUCCAUCGGUUGAAUACAGACAAUGAUGAUUCCGAUGAGAACAAUACUUGGAACGGCAAUUCUACUCAACAGAUGUAGAUAAGCAAUAGUUAAUAGAUUGCCUUGGACAACAUGUGCAACACAUAAGCAUUUUGCCCCUUCGUAAUGUUUCCGAUAUUUGUCUCUUGCUAGCCAAGCUAGACCGAGUCCAAAAAAAGGAAUAUUAUGACUAAACGGCUUUAUUGGGAUAUAACACGAAAAUGCAUUGAUACAUUGGCCACAAAUAAGUGGCAUGUCUUUGUGUUUUUUACAUGCAUAUUAUGGCAGCCGUCUGAACAGGCGAGACGUCCAUGCGGACGACUAGAAUACAUACAAAAAAAGGUAAUGGCAAGCACGUUCGUGGUAAUCAAGAAGUAGGAAAACAAAGGAUAUAUACUAUACCACGGGAGAUGCAUAAAUUCAUGGUAUAUCUGCCAUUGACCGGUACACUGUUAUGGAAAAUUAAUAGGGUCUCUACAGUUAGGCAAAAUAAUAAAUUUUCUUACCUCGAGAGAAAUGAAAGGUCUAAGUUUAAUCGGUAAGAUAUUUCCGGAUUUGAACAUAUGAACAGCAUAUAGUAGCCCUUUCGUUUGUUUACUCAAUGAUUAGGACGAGAAUAUUAUGUUACCAUAUUCUGGCUGGGAGUGCGUACGUCAUUGAGAAACAUAAUAUUUCCUACUCACUUCUGAGCAAACAAGGAUAUUAACAGUAAACCACAAAUGUUUCAGAUGAAAUAGGUAAUUAGUAAACUCUUUCACAGGUGGUUCCUUGUUUGUGAUACACGGGGCAUUGUUGUUUACUGUAUCAGUGCUCCGAAUGGACUACCAGAACCUAUUAGUAAUGGUGGUGCACAACUCGUACGUAUAGUGUGUGUGUGUGUAUAUACAUUCACACGGUACGUAUGCCGAAUUCAGAAAAGAAAAAUGUCGAGUACCAUAUGAUAAAAUAAUGAAUUUCAAAACUAUAUUUAAACGUACAAAUUUCUGUGAAGCCUAAACUGGCCCAUGACGUAGUACUAAGGCGUUGCUGCCGCGCGACGAAUAUACUGCUAUAGUUUUUACGAGAUGUUGUGUUCUUUUUGAUCGUAGAGGAGAGCGAGAACAUCGAACACUUAUGAUUAUUACUAUUGUUAUAUGAGCUCUCAAAGGAUAUAUAUAUAUCACCAUCAGUGAAUGCUGGCUUUUUCGUGCCUUUUUUCCACCAAUAUCGCUAGUAGAGUGUGGCAUGUGCAGAUAGCGAUAUUUAACGAUUUUGCGCACAGUGAUGAAACACAGAAGAAUAUGGGUAGCGUGGAGAGUCGUGAUGGGAACAAUCUGUCCUGGUAAAUCCCCCUUAAAUGACUUUAUGAUAUUCUAUGUAACGAGAAAAAAGAUUUGAAGAAGACGAACUUUUAAAUUAAGCAGUGGUGCUAGGGCUGGUCUCUAGACGAUAUAAAAAAGGGAGGCUUAAAUCAAAAAGCGGAGUACAACAGCGACUGAGAACAGAUAUUCUCGUAGCACGAGAAAGAGGAUACGAAAGUUAAGCUUAAUCAGAAUAAUUUCACCCAAAAAAUCUAAGCGAAAUAAAGAUUUUUUGUUCAUAAAGCUUCACUAAUUGGUAGCUAUUUAUUUAGGUAUUGGGUAUAAAAAUACAUGUUCACUUAACCAGUAAUGUUUAAUAUAUGUUUGCGCUGCAUAUUUGCGCUAUGUAAACAUAUACACAUGUUAUAUACGACAAUAAAAUAUAUACGAUGUUUAUAUAAACAUCGUAUAUAGUUUUUGAACAUACCUAGAUUUAGGGUCGACGGUGUCAGUUUUAAUUAGUGUUCUUAGUCAGUUGAAUUAAGACUUUCAUGCGUCCAGGACAUCUGUCUAUUAAAAAACCCGCGUAAAAAGCGGAAGUAAGACUCCUAUGUACAAUUUUUCGAAUAACCUGAGUUUAAUGCAUCUCUCUGGCUCAGAAAUUCAGGCCAGAAAAAUCCAUGGGUUUACCUAAUGACCUUGGACUGAUUGUGUUCAUCAAAGUGCUAUUUCCGUUUAUUUAGAAUGCUAAGAAAGGGCAGCGAUCCGUUGUCAAGAGAAGAAAGUCUUUUGUGUGAAACCACUAGAACUUUAGUCAGCAAAUACGCUAGAAGCCUGCCCUUUAAUACUUCUUUGUCGACGACAUUAUUUUGAGCGGCAACGUAUGAUUCUUUUCACAUUCUACAGCACUGGGUUUAUGAAUUAUGAAGCACAAAAUGUUCAUAUUAUGCGAAUAUAUAUGAUUAUUAGAACCUGCACUAGUGAUUCUCGCCCAAACAUAUCAAUUUCCUUAUUUGUAAUUUCAAUCAUUAGUUGCAUCUGCUUAAUAAAAAAUCCUGAGCUUCAGACUCGUUUCUUUGAUUAAGAAUAAGAAAAUCAUUAUUUAAUCAAAGCUCUAGGCAGAGUGAAUAGAACAGGUGAAACUGUCACAAAUUUACGACGCAGUACAUCAGGGUUGAGAAGAUCUAUUGGAGAGUUACCCGCUAUCAACAAAGCAAAAAGCGUGUGUAAAACCUGUAUCCCAUUUUCACUGUUUUUGUUAAUGUCUGUUCGGAUUUUACUAUUUUGCCGCCCCUACGUUUUAUCUGGCCUAACUACUUUUUUAUUAAUCGUGAUUUACUCUUCAGUAAUUCAAAAUAGGCGCUACUUCGACUUUAAUCAUAUGCCUUGUAUGGGUGCCAGUACUCAUAUCCUAUUUUGUCAGGAAAUGCACUAUAGCUGCAUAUUUGGUGCUUUUUAAUCGUCUUCGUUGCUGUUAUGAUGAAAUCCUAUUAAACGUUUUGCAUUUUAAAGUUAAGAAAGUCAACAAUUGAUUUAAAACCAUAUCCUAUUUGGUGUAUGGGUCACUUACUUCAGGUUGAGAGAGACCAGGAGUUGGUAAUCUUAUCAUGAACGUAUACCCCUUAGAUUGGACUGAUGCGUUAACAAGGUAUGCGCUUCAAAUUCCGUCAGCAUCACAAGUAUAAUACAGUUUGUAGAAAAAGGAAAGCUAUUAUUAUAUGCCAUGCCGUAUCAGUAUCUACGUUUAGUCUACUGAAUUUCUCUAACGAUUAAGUACGUAUUUGGCACAAAGUAUUUUUUAGUUUCCAAUCGAAAAUUGUGUUCAGUUCCCUUAGCUCAAGACCCCUCACAGCGACUACGGCGUAGAAAGCAAUUAAAAUCAACCACCACAAAAAUUAAAAAAACACGAAUAUUAUGCCGCUAUUGACUUCUAUUGAACUUUAUUCUGAGAAACAAUACCAUUAGUCUUGUUCUUCAUUAUUAUACAAUUAUUGCCUUCAACGUGUCGUAUAUAAACAUCUCAUUUGUACAUUUAUGGUACGAAAUUAACAAAUAAAUAUAUUUUUUUACUAUUUGAUACCACAUGAAUUUCGACCACAAGUACUUACUAGAUAUUAAUAUAAAUUAUCGAAUAAAUUAUCGCUCAUUGGCUCAG